UCCACCUUCAGUUCCACCCUCUGAUCACAAAGUAAAAAUCAUUGGAAACAGGUGAGCUCGAUCAGAACGGAUCUCUACAGGGUUAGUGAAGAUGUUCCAGAUGAAGAUGCUGGAAUGGGCCAUAGUGCUACUGGGCCUACAGUCUGCAUAUGCAAAAUUUUUUAAAGAUGUCGGGGACAUGGGGAUAGAACCAUUGGAUGCUGUUUGGACAACAACAGUUCUCCCCACUGUGACAACGUCAGAACCUAAUCCGGAUCAUCCAUCCACCUUCUGUAGCACAUGGGGGAAUUUUCACUUCAAGACCUUUGAUGGUCAUUUCUUUCAAAUGGCUGACACAUGUAACCACAUUCUGGCAGUGAUGUGUGAUGUACCUGUCUCAGAUUUUAACAUCCAAAUGCAAAGAACAACGGUGAAUGGCUCGGUUACUUUCACCUCAGUCACAUUAGACCUGGAGGGGACGACCAUCAAAUUAAGUCAAGGCAACAUCUUCAUGGACGACAAAGUGGUUUCUAUUCCCAUGAGUCGGAAUGAAAUUAAAAUCGAGGGAAGCUCAUCGAGUGUUAAGAUCUCCAAAUAUGGAGUGACUGUUAUUUGGGAGGAAGAAGAUCACUCUGUGGUGAUUGAACUUGCUGAGAAGUACCGAGGUCAGAUUUGUGGACUCUGUGGAAACUUCAAUGGCAACACCACUGAUGACAUGAUUUUAAAAGAUCCAGAAACAUGGAAGGUGUCUGUAUCAGCUGAACCCUGUGAGAAAAUUCCACUUCCUCCCAGCAAUCAGUGUAAAAAACAGGAUGACAUUUGUAAGCAGUAUCUGAAGAGUUCAGGGUUUGAUAACUGUCACCAUGUGAUGGAUCUGAGUUCAUUUGAGAAAGUUUGCGCAGACGACCUUUGUCACUGUCCUGGAAACCAGAAGUGUGUCUGCCACACGCUUACAGAAAUAUCACGACAGUGCACGCAUGCUGGUGGCAGGCCAGGAAAGUGGAGAACAGACAAACACUGUCCAAAGACAUGUCCACUAAACAUGGAAUACAUGGAGUGUGCUGGCCCAUGCAAAAACACCUGCUCUGCCCCAAAUGGAGCCCUGCUGUGUACAGAUAACUGUGUAGAUGGCUGUUUCUGCCCUGAGGGCACUGUGGAAGAUAACAUUGGUAACAGUGGUUGCGUUCCAAUAAACAAAUGCCCAUGUAUGCACAACGGCAAAAUAUAUCAGCCUGGAGAGUCAUACAAGCAAGCGUGUAAAAAAUGCGAGUGUGCGGCUGGACGCUGGAGUUGCACGGAUGUGGAAUGUCCUGGAAUCUGUUCUGUUGUAGGAGGCUCUCACAUCACCACCUAUGAUGGAAAAACCUUCAGCUUUAAUGGCAACUGUGAAUACAUCCUCACUAAGCACUCUGAUGACAGCAGUAUCGCUGUUGUUGGAAGUCUGGACAAGUGUGAGCCGAGCCGAACAGACAUGUGUUUGAAUUCUGUUACUCUGGUCAUGUCAGACACGAUAGUGACCACUGUAAUUUUUUCGUCCAAUGGGACUGUCAAGCUAAAUGUAAUCAGUCCAGAUAUGUUGCCAAUAAUCACAGGGCAACUGGCCAUCUUCCAGCCCUCAUCAUCCUUCAUUAUCGCUGAAAUAAAGAAUUUUCGUCUAGAAAUCCAACUGUCUCCAAUCAUGCAGUUGUAUAUUAUAGCCAGCACCUCAGAGAAAGGCAAAAUGAUUGGUCUGUGUGGGAACUAUAACGGUGUCCAGAAAGAUGACUUCAAAACAGAUUCAGGCAUUAUAGAGGGAACACCAACAUCCUUUGUUAACUUUUGGAAAAAAAACCCAUACGCUUGUCCAGAUGUUGAAAACACAUUUGACAACCCCUGCAAUCUGAGAGUGGAAACAGAAAAACUUGCAAAAGACUGGUGUUCCCGUCUGACGGAUCCAAAUGGAACCUUCUCCUCAUGUCAUUCAGAAAUAUUUCCAGACAUUUACUAUCAAAACUGCGUUUAUGACACCUGUAAGUGUGCUGAUAUUGGGAAGUGUAUGUGUGCUGCCCUCUCCGCCUAUGCCCAUGCAUGUGCCGAAAGAGGGAUCAUUCUCCACGGAUGGGUGGAUUCAUACCCCUGUGACAAAGUGUUUGAGUGUUCAGAAAAUAUGAAGUACUCCUACAAUGUGACUGGUUGUAGCAAAACCUGUCGUUCUCAAUAUAAAACCGACUACAUCUGCAAAGUGUCUACACCUGUGGAAGGCUGUGUUUGUUCAGAAGGGGCUUACCUAAACGAUGCAGGCCACUGUGUGAAUGCUGACCAGUGUCCUUGUUACUAUAACGACCUGGUCAUAGAGCCAUCAGGAUCAGUAAACAUAGAUGGUGCCAACUGCACCUGCACUCUCGGCAAAUUACACUGCGACAGUCAGGAAGACUGUGUGGCUCCAAUGGUCUAUGUCAAAUGUUCGAUGAGUGAACAUGGAAAAACAGGAGCAGAGUGUCAAAGGACAUGCCAGAACCAAGAUCCACAUAACUGCGUCAGCACAGGUUGUGUAUCAGGAUGUAUGUGCCCAGAUAAUCUGCUAGCUGAUGGUCAAGGUGGCUGUGUAGAGAAGGAAAACUGUCCCUGCUUUCACAAUGGAUUAACUUAUUCACAUGGGGAUGAGAUUCAAAACGAAUGCAACACCUGCAAAUGCAAAAAAGGGAUGUGGAGUUGUACUGAUAAAGAUUGUUACAGCACCUGUACCAUCUAUGGUGAAGGACAUUAUAAGACCUUCGAUGGAAGAAGAUAUUUUUACCACGGAGGCUGUGAAUACAUCUUUGCACAAGAUUACUGCAACAUGGAAAAGAGUCAAUCCUCAUUACGCCUUGUUACAGAGAACAUUCCCUGUGGCUCCACUGACUUCAUUUGCUCCAGAUCUAUCAAUCUUUUCUUUGGGAAAUACAAGGUGGUUUUAUCUGAAGUGGAUGGAGUAAAAGUUGUUGAAACCAAUGGAACUGACUACCAAUAUCAAGUCAAUACUGUGGGGAUGUACACUAUCAUUGAGAUCAAAAAGCUUUUAAAUUUAAUUUGGGAUGGCAAAACAACCCUGAUGCUCCAACUCCAUCCCAGCUUAAAGGGCAAAGUGUGUGGACUGUGUGGAAACUUUGAUGGUAAUGCAAAUAAUGACUUUGUAAAGCACGAUGGAGAAAAGGUCACUGAUGCGGUGGCGUUUGGGAACAGCUGGAAAGUGAAUCCAAGCUGCCCGGAAGUGAACAGUUUGAUAGACCCUUGUGAGAAAAACCCUCACCGGAGUGCCUGGGCUCAUAAGCAAUGCAGCGUCAUUACAAGCAAUGUCUUUAAAGACUGCCAUCCACAUGUGGACUCUGCCCCAUACUAUGAUGCCUGUGUGAGGGACACCUGUGCAUGUGAUUCUGGGGGAGACUGUGAUUGUUUCUGUACAGCAGUGGCUGCUUAUGCAGCUGAAUGUCGAAAGAAAGAGGCUUGCAUUGAAUGGCGGACUCCAAAUAUUUGUCCUUUAUUCUGUGACUACUACAAUGACCCAGUGGGAGACUGUGAGUGGCACUACAGAACCUGUGGUUCGGCCUGCAUGAAAACAUGCAAAAACCCAGAAGGGAACUGUUCCAGUCAAAUUCCUCUCCUAGAAGGGUGUUUUCCCAAGUGCCCUUCUGACAGGCCAUUUUUAAAGGAAGAAAACCAAAAAUGCGUCACAGAGAAAGAGUGUGCUCCUGUGUGUGUAUAUGAAGGAAAGGAGUUCAUGAUUGGUAAAGAAGUGUACCACACCACAGAUGACAACGGCAUGUGUUUCAAAGCUGUGUGUGGGUCAAAUGCAACAAUAAUUACAUAUAAGGAAAAUUGCAUCAACGCUGGUAUAUCCACAACUACAGGACCAAAAACACAACCAACAACAUAACCAUCAACAGCAACUCAAACCACUGAUGUGUCCACAUCUACUGGACCAUCAACAGGAACAACACAAUCAACCACACAACCAUCAACAACUACUCAUACAACUGAGGUGUCCACAUCUACUGGAACAUCAACAACACAACCAACAACAGCAUCACAAACAACUGGUAUGUCCACAUCUACAGAAUCAUCAACAACACAACUAUCAACAGCACCACAAACCACUGGUGUGUCCAUAACUACAGGACCAUCAACAACACACUAUCAACAGCUACUCAUACCACUGGUAUGUCCACAUCUACUUGACCAUCAACAAUACAACCAACAACAGCACCACAAACUACUGGUGUGUCCACAUCUACUGGACCUUUAACAAAACAACCAACAACAGCUACUUAAACUACUGGUGUGUCCAUAACUAAAGGACCAUCAACAGGAACAACAGAAUCAACAACACAACCAUUAACAGAGGAAACAACACAACCAACAACACAACUAUCAACAGCUACUCAAACCACUGGUGUGUCCACAUCUACAGGACCAUCAACAACACAACCAACAACAGUCAAUCAAACCACUGCUGUGUCUACAAUUACAGGACCAUCAACAUGAACAACACAAUCAACAACACAACCAUCAACAGAGAAAACAACACAACCCGUAACUUCCUAUAACGCUUUUUAACCUCCUAAGACCUGGUGUGUCCACUUACGUGGACGUCAAUUUUGUUUUUGUUUGCACCAUAAUACUUAAUUCUGUGUAACUGUAACCUGUUGUACACAAACAUGGACAAUUACACUGCUUCAUGUUUAAAGAAAAAUAUUUGGUAAUUAUAUGUAUUGGUUCUUUCUAACCCCAAAUAGCUGGAAUAAACCUAAAAUGCAAGCCAAACCAAAGCUUGGGUCUUAGAAGGUUAAAGUUUCUCUUAAAGUAAUCAAAAAACUUUCUUGCAGUAACAUUAGUAGACCGUUUCCCUAACAAUUCAAUUAAUACAUGUCCUUAAAACGUUAGCAUUAGAAAUGUUAUAACUGCAUCUUUAGCAGAACAUUCUAAAACCAUUAACUUUGAAAACGUUACCAUUGCAUAGGUGAUGUAAUGUUCUGAAAACAUUGGCAUUAGAAACAUUAUAAAUGCAUUGUUACUAAAAACAUUAAUAUUGAAAACAUUACCAUUGCAUAGGAAAUGUAACAUUCGUUACCAUUAGAAACGUUGUAAUUGCAUAGUUGGCAGAACGUUCUAAAACCAUUAACUUUGAAAAUGUUACCAUUGUGUAGGUAAUGUAACGUUCUUAAAACGGUAGCAUUGCAAACAUUAUAGGCCUAAUUGUAUUGUUAGUGGAAUGUUCUAGACACCUUAGCAUUGAAAACAUUACAAUUGUGUAUGUAAUGUAACGUUCUUAAAAUGGUAGCAUUGAAAACUUUAUAAUUGUAUUGUUAGUGGAAUUUUCUAGACACCUUAGCAUUUAAAACAUUACCAUUGUGUAUGUAAUGUAACAUUCUUAAAAUGUUAGCAUUAUAACAUUAGCAUUAUAACAUAAACCAUUGCAUUGUUAGUGGAUUCUAAAAUUAUUAGCAUAAAAUGUAUCUUCUGGGGAUUUAAAGAAAUUUAAGUAAAUGUAAGGAUGAGUUUAAUAAAAAGGCCUAGUCCUGGAUUAAUAAA